AUGCCUUCAUUGUCAUCAUAUACCGCCUUUGAAUCUUUGUUUUUCUUCCAAUAUCUUAGCACCUUCGAGUCUCGACCGUCCAAUUUGACACCCAUAUCAGAGCUCCUGACGAAUAAUUCCUUCGUCCGCCAAGAUGCGACUUUCGACAAGGCCCGGUUGACCCCUCAAGCUCUAGAAGUACUUUAUGCAGACCUAGUGCAGGAAGAAUUGCAAAACAGAGAAGGGACGCCUUCUGGACAUGGCCCCACCGGCUCCAGCUCAGAAAGUGAAAACUCGAACCCAAAAAAAAGGAAGAUCCAGGAUCGGUCGUCCAAACAAAUGCUCGAUGGCGCCUCGUACUCUACGGUGAUUCCUGCCCUUGUGGCUCGAUUGUAUGCUAGGUACAAGGAAAUGGUAACUAGAGAGAUUGAGGAAGAGGAAAGGAAAUACAGCGAAAUCAAAGAUGAGAUCCAGAGGCUAGAGAUUGGAGAAGUCUCUCAACAAACAUUUUCUGUAGUAGAUGGUCCAUCUGUGACGCCCCAGGUGUCCGAACAGGUCGCGCAAAGAAAGUCUACACCAGUACAGGAUUCAGUUGCUUCCAAUUCCAAAGUUCAGGAAAGGCGGGGCAUCGAGGAAACACCCCAAGCUCCUAGAUCUUCUGACCAGUUACACCAUGUUCAGACACAGCAACAUGCACAAUCUGGCUUAGCACAAGGGCAAAAAGCGAUUCAGCAAGCCCUGCAGAUGGAAGGCAAGGGUGUUAAUGUAGCUGUCCCAACUUCUGCCUGCCUCUCGUCACAAUUUCCACGAACACAGCAAAUCCAGCAGUCUGGCCAACAGUCUACGCUGCAGAAUAUCCCAGCACGUUCUCUUGCACCAAGUUCGGCGAACGGAAGUGCUCCUUUUCCAACUAAUGAACAAAUCCCUGCUCGUAGUUCACAAUAUGGUACUCUAACCCCAAACCAACCGGCUGAGGGUUCCACGGUAUCUCCAGUAGACCCUGGCGCGGACAAAAGCCAAGCGUUUCCUCCUAUCACAGCAGCUAGCACGCUGCCAGCAAUGCCCUCUCUACACCCCACACCCACUCCUACCGGUGUGCAGCAGCCGCAGCAACUGCAGCCUAAUACUGCGACCUUCCAACCCGUUCAAUAUAUUCCUCUCCAAACUAAAACGUCGCAAACUAUUCCAGCUCGAAACACCCAGCAACCGCUGUCCCAACCACUGAGUCCAUUAAACCCGAACCCAUACGCACACGUAUCCCCUUACGCAAGCGUUCCAUACUCAACCAGCCAACUUACUGGGAAAACUCCUUUACCAUUCGGUCAAGCGAUUCCACAUGCCCAGCCAGACGUAAACAAAGCUUUGCAGAGUCCGUAUGGUUCUCCACGAGAACCAUCUCGGCCCCUUGGUGUUGGGUUACCCCAGCAGUUGCAGAGCGAUACUAGAAGCCGCACUAGCUCAGAAGAGUCGUGUCCUAAUACACCACUCGGUAAUGCCGGCUCCAUUAGAUUAGACAGUGGCACCCCGUCCUUCUCAGCUUCACUUAGUCGAAGGCCGCCCCGGCCGUCUGUCGAUACUUCUGGUUCGCUCACCCCAUGGAAAAAGCCAAGUCCAAUUGCCAUAUCGAAGUCUCCUGGUUCUCCACUACGACCUAAACCGGAAGAUGUAAGCCCCAUUAGUGAAAAGGCGCCGUCACCUGCGUUUGAGAUUGAAUCGCCAUCGUCAUCAUCAAAAUCUCACCUUCCGUAUCAGGGUGCGGAUGUAGACUUUGACACCGGUCCAGCAGGGAACACUCGGAGAAGGAAAACUACACCAGCGUUUAGUAGUAAGGCCGCUGACAAUCUCGUUUCGUCUCCUCUGCGCAUCACGCGGAAUCGCAAUCGUGCUCAAUCGAACGAAUCUCGCGACGAUGAGUCGAUCACUGAUUCCGGCUCCGUAACUCAACGGAAGAUAAAACAUGAAAUGCCCAGUACACCUUCUGGAAUCUCAGACGAUACAGAAAUGGAGCAACGAUCAUCAAGUCGGCUCAGGGCGCCCAACCAAGCCCAAGUAGACAAAAGCUUAUCAAAGAGAAGUUCGAAAAGGAAGCGUGGCCAAAGUGAAGCAUCUGGUUUCGAAGAUGCGAAUCAACCACCUAAUAGGGAAGAGAACCAAUAUGUACAGUGUACCCGCAACUUCCCACGAACAUGUGCUCCAAUAAUGAACUAUGUUGCUUCCCAUAAAUAUGCCUCCAUAUUCGCAAAGCCCUUGACAGAACGCGAUGUACCUGGUUACAAAAACCUCAUCUAUCGGCCACAGGAUAUCAAAUCUAUAAAAUCCGCCGUUUAUCAAGGAAGCAAAGCAGUAACAGCAGCCACAGUGGCCUUAAAUACGCCAAGCGGAGAUAACAUCGAGUCUCCAGGCCCGAGCAUCGGGACCUCAACGAAAACCAACGGUCUCUUACUGAAGAAGACCGCAGAGCUCAUCCCGCCAAAGGGCAUCGUCAACUCAGCCCAACUGGAAAUGGAACUGGUGCGAAUGUUCGCGAACGCGGUCAUGUUCAAUCCUACGUCUGACAGAGUGUUUGGCCCGUCGUUCCCGAUGCAGAACGAUUCAGUUUCAAGGGAGGGGACGCAGGAUUCUUCAGACUUUGAGGAGGGGGGGAUCAUUAAUGAUACGCUGGAGAUGUAUGACGAUGUUGAGAAGGCAGUGUCGAGGUGGCGAGCAGCUGAGAGGGCUGUUGAUGAUAUGGGGGGAAAGAGCAUGUUCUCUCUGCGAAGGGGGAGUGCGAGUGAUAUUAACAUGGACAGUGCCGAUGAAGUGAAGUGA